AUGCUCGUUGCUCUUUCUCCCUUACACCUCGCCGCACAAUUUGAGCUCCUUCGACGCGUGGGGAAACGGAGCCACAGCAUGCAGCUCAUUCUCCCACUUUCCGCCAGCCUCCUUCCACCAUCCCACAGGCCCUCCAUCACCCCUCCGUCGUUUUCUUGUGCUCGUUGCUUCUUCAUCCGUUCCUUUCCCCUCUUUCCCUUUCUCCCAUUCGCCAGCUUCAUCUCUUUGCUCCUUUGUGCUGCUUCGCCCACCCUCCCCCCUUGCCACACACGCCCCCAGCUCGUCCGUCGCAUCGUGGCAGGGCGCUAUGGUGUGCACUGCCUGCCCACCAAACCUCUGCCUCGCACUGGGCUGCCACGGCACUGCCACUCGCUUCCAGUCCCUCGUGCCCUCCUCCCUGGUUGCUGGCGAGGUGAGGGGCAAUGCACGAGGCGAGCGACAGGGGAUUCAGGCACAUGGGAUUCAGCCACAGGGGAUUCAGCCACAGGGGAUUCAGGCACAUGGGAUUCAGCCACAGGGGAUUCAGCCACAGGGGAUUCAGGCACAUGGGAUUCAGCCACAGGGGAUUCAGCCACAGGGGAUUCAGGCACAUGGGAUUCAGCCACAGGGGAUUUAGGCACAGGGGAUUCAGGCACAGGGGAUUCAGCCACAGGGGAUUCAGGCACAUGGGAUUCAGGCACAGGGGAUUCAGCCACAGGGGAUUCAGGCACAUGGGAUUCAGCCACAGGGGAUUCAGCCACAGGGGAUUCAGGCACAGGGGAUUCAGCCACAGGGGAUUCAGCCACAGGGGAUUCAGGCACAUGGGAUUCAGCCACAGGGGAUUCAGCCACAGGGGAUUCAGGCACAUGGGAUUCAGCCACAGGGGAUCCAGCCACAGGGGAUUCAGGCACAUGGGAUUCAGGCACAUGGGAUUCAGGCACAGGGGCAAAGGGCAUUCCGAGCACAGAGCAAUCAGGCACAGAGCAAUCAGGCACAAAGCAAUCAGGCACAGAGCAAUCAGGCACAGAGCAAUCAGGCACAGAGCAAUCAGGCACAGAGCAAUCAGGCACAGAGCAAUCAGGCACAGAGCAAUCAGGCAAAGAGCAAUCAGGCACAGAGAAAUCAGGCACAGAGCAAUCAGGCACAGAGCAAUCAGGCACAGAGCAAUCAGGCACAGAGCAAUCAGGCACAGAGCAAUCAGGCACAGAGCAAUCAGGCACAGAGCAAUCAGGCACAGAGCAAUCAGGCACAGAGCAAUCAGGCACAGAGCAAUCAGGCACAGAGCAAUCAGGCACAGAGCAAUCAGGCACAGAGCAAUCAGGCACAGAGCAAUCAGGCACAGAGCAAUCAGGCACAGAGCAAUCAGGCACAGAGCAAUCAGGCACAGAGCAAUCAGGCACAGAGCAAUCAGGCACAGAGCAAUCAGGCACAGAGCAAUCAGGCACAGAGCAAUCAGGCACAGAGCAAUCAGGCACAGAGCAAUCAGGCACAGAACAAUCAGGCACAGAGAAAUCAGGCACAGAGCAAUCAGGCACAGAGCAAUCAGGCACAGAGCAAUCAGGCACAGAGCAAUCAGGCACAGAGCAAUCAGGCACAGAGCAAUCAGGCACAGAGCAAUCGGGCACAGAGCAAUCAGGCACAGAGCAAUCGGGCACAGAGCAAUCGGGCACAGAGCAAUCAGGCACAGAGCAAUCAGGCACAGAGCAAUCAGGCACAGAGCAAUCAGGCACAGAGCAAUCAGGCACAGAGCAAUCAGGCAUAGAGCAAUCAGGCACAGAGCAAUCAGGCACAGAGCAAUCAGGCACAGAGCAAUCAGGCACAGAGCAAUCAGGCACAGAGCAAUCAGGCACAGAGCAAUCAGGCACAGAGCAAUCAGGCACAGAGCAAUCAGGCACAGAGCAAUCAGGCACAGAGCAAUCAGGCACAGAGCAAUCAGGCACAGAGCAAUCAGGCACAGAGCAAUCAGGCACAGAGCAAUCAGGCACAGAGCAAUCAGGCACAGAGCAAUCAGGCACAGAGCAAUCAGGCACAGAACAAUCAGGCACAGAGCAAUCAGGCACAGAGCAAUCAGGCACAGAGCAAUCAGGCACAGAGCAAUCAGGCACAGAGCAAUCAGGCACAGAGCAAUCAGGCACAGAGCAAUCAGGCACAGAGCAAUCAGGCACAGAAGAUUCAGACACAGGGAGGGAAUCGGCACACGGAAUGGAGGCACAGGGAAUCAAGGCCCAGGAAAUCGAGGCACAAGGAAUUGAGGCACAGAGAAUUACUGGAAAAUCAGGCACAGAGUAUCCAGGCAAAGGAAAUCCAGGCACAGGAAACUCAGGCACUGAAAAUUCAGACACAGGGCAAUCAGUUACAGAGAAAUAA